AAGGUUACAUUUUUGAUAACCGAAGCUUUCUCCAUUAAAGUAAUUGACCGAUCACUUUGUCUUUGUGUAUAAUUCUAACGUGAUGAAUAAGUAGCAUUUACUGCCACAACACUAGGAAAACAACGUAGUAUAAGUUAUAUAACAAUAAUUAAUGGAGGUCAGCAGUGUAAAAUCUUAGUUUCUGCAAAAUAUCUCAUCUUAAGAGCUGCUUAAGCCCGUAAUAUUUUAAGUUAAGAUAGGGUAAUUAUUUAUAAUUAUAUAUAAAUACAGGGUUUAUUCAUACAACUAUAAUAAGUAAAUUAAUUUUCAUUUUUAAUACCAUUCGUUGUUAUAUUAUUUGUACAUAAGCCAUAAUCACCAUGAAACAAGUUACUUUCUCUUCUGCUGAAGAUGCUUCCAAUUAUUUGGCUGAACAUAUUAUUCAAAAGAUUAACAAAUUCAAUCCAACUGCUACUAAACCAUUUGUUCUUGGUUUACCAACAGGAUCAUCUCCAGAAGGUAUAUACGCUAAAUUAAUUAUUGCUAACAAGCAAGGAAGAAUUACUUUUAAAAAUGUCGUGACAUUCAAUAUGGAUGAAUAUCUUGGUUUACCUCCAACUAAUGAUCAAUCAUACCAUUAUUUUAUGUAUAAUAAAUUUUUCAAUCACAUUGAUAUACCAAGACAAAAUAUAAAUAUUUUAAAUGGUUUAGCUAAAGAUAUUGAACAAGAAUGUAAAAAUUAUGAAGCUAAAAUCAAGAGAUUUGGGAAAAUUCAUUUAUUUUUAGGUGGAUUAGGCCCUGAGGGUCAUUUGGCAUUUAAUGAAGCUGGAUCUUCCCGUCGUUCGAUUACCAGAAAAGUAACUUUAGUUGAAUCUACCAUUAAAGCUAAUUCAAGAUUUUUUGAUAAUGAUUCCUCAAAAGUUCCAAGAUAUGCAUUAAGUGUUGGUAUUUCAACUAUUUUAGACAAUUCAGAAGAAGUUGCUAUAAUUGUAUUGGGAGAAAAUAAAAAAUUUGCUUUAGAUAAGACUAUUAAUGGAAAGAAGAACGAUCCAAGAUUCCCAUCGAGUUAUUUACAAGAUCAUGAUAAUGUUUUAAUUGUUUGCGAUAACGCUGCUGCUGGUUUAAAAAGUAAGUUGUAAAUAUACUCUUUUCAUUCAAUACUAUGUAUUUCUUUAGUAUAGCUGUUCAUAGAUUUUUAUUUAAUGUUAAAGAAUGGUAUGUUUAAAUCAAAAUUCAAUUAC